AAAUAUCUUCCUAACUAACUAACAAACUUUGUAACCAAUCAAGUAAACAAAUGCUAAAUGGUUGAUUACACCAACACUCCCCCUCAAGUUGAAGGUGGGAACAACUUCAACUUGCAACUGAAUCAAAUCUGUGUUGACUUCGAUGUGUAUGUAGAUGAAAAUCCAUUGACCAUGGAAGAGGCAUAAACAACAAGCUUCUCGUUUAGGAUCCUUGCUUUUGCAGUAUUUGUCAGUAGAUUGUGAAAGAAAUCAAAAACUUGGACUUGCCAUAUAUCCAUCUCCUUAGGUAUCAACUGCUGUUGUUGAGCCAUACAAUAACGUCUUUUCCACACAGAUGUAUUUUUAGACAAUGAGGCAAUAUAUGACAUCUGUAUGCAGUCCGUAGACAUUGAGAGGCCAACUUACAGCAACCUGAAUCAUUUGAUAUCGCAAAUCAUCUCUUCAUUGACAUCGGGUUUGCAAGCUACAUAACAGUGGAGAGAAUUUUCUCCAUAAUUUCAGGCUUGGCAACCCAAAAAAAAUUCCUUGAUUCUGAAGUUGAGAGACACAACUCUCUGUUGAAUGGAAAAAGCAAUACUUUUGACUGUAGAUAGCAUCAUUCCCAUGUCCAGAGAUAAAAUUUAAAGACAUGAGGUGAUAAAAAGUAGUGAUGUGCUAGUGAUGGCUGCCAUGGUUCUCUAGAAUGAACAGAAAAGUGAACCAUACACAACCAAUGAUGAAGAUGAGAUGACAAAUCAAUUGAUGAAUUCAAAUGAAAACAUCAAAUGAUGAAAUGAAACCAAUUGACAAAAGAAAUUGAUGAAAUCAACCGAAAACCGGAUGAUGAUGAAAGGGAAACUCGAUCAAAACGAUACGAGUGAAGCUCAAUCAAACUGAUUGAGUGAAAUUGAAUAAUGAUGAAACUUCUGACUUAGAGAAGUGAAAGAGAAUGAUUGAAACUGAACAUUCCAAUGAUGAGAAUGAAAAUGAAGAUAAGAGAACUUCAUGAAAAGUCUGUAAAGAUGGAGAUAAAUCUCCAAUUUGUAGAAGUUAUGAGGGUUGAGCUUAUGCGAGUGUGUGCAGAUAUUAAAGAUUUAAAUGGUGCUAAACAGGAGCACACAACCGAGAUCCAGGGGAUGACUGAAGAUCUGAAAAUGAUGAAUACAGAUUUGCAACAAACUCCAACUAUUAAUGCUGAAAUUGAAAAUCUUAGACAGGAAUUGCAGCGAUCAAGGGCUGCCAUUGAGGAUGAAAAUGAAGUUGAUACUCAAUCUGAAUUGGAGAGAUCAAUAGGUGAAGGAGGCCGGAAGAAUGGAGAGCCCAUAAUAGAGGAUCUUCAGAGACGGAACCACAGCCACCGUGUGUAAGACCAAAUGGGAGAGGAGCGACGGAAUCACGACCGGCGGCCAUGAAUUCUUAGACGUUCUCAGAUCCGAUUCUGCGCGGUGCCUAAUCGACCUCGAAUUCUCCUCCCAAUUCGAGAUAGCGCGGCCGACAAAUCAAUUCCAGCUUCUGGUCCGGUCAUUGCCGGGAAUUUUCGUAAGGGGAAGCGAGGAGCUGAUGAAGAUGCUGAGAUUGAUGAGCGAGGCGGCUUAGUUUUGCCUCGGAUUCAAAAUCAACGGCGAGAUUGCGAAGAGACCUCCUGCUGCUUCCUUUGUUGGUGUAAUCGGAUGCAGAUCCGAAUUCACCAUCUCGAGCUCGAAGAGAGAUGCAACGGUCGGGGCUAAGACAGUGACAACGGCUUCUCCACCGCCGACGAGAUCGUACAAGAGGUCGGAGGUGACAAUCGCUUUGAUAGAGAGACCGUGGCUUUUCUUCUCAGAGUUGUCAACAUAUUGAGUCCAUCUCUAGCCUUUGGACGGCGGAGACGGCCUCAGAUUGGUUUAGGAUGAUGAUGAGUAGAACGGCGGCGAUAAAUCCAGAGGU